AGCGCCGCGGCGCCGAGCGGGGCAGUGGGGGCGGCCGCAGCACCGCGUCCUGCCAUGGACAGCGAGGCCAAGAAGGGGAAGAAGGGUUUCGUGUCGCCCAUCAAGCGGCUGGUUUUCCCGAAGGCUGCGCGGAGGGCGGCGCUCCGCAGCAGCGUCUAUCGGCGCCCGCUGCACUCCGUGCCCCUCUACCCCCCCGACUACCUGAUCGACCCCCAGAUCCUGCUACACGACUACGUGGAGAAGGAGGUGAAGUUUUUAGGUCAUCUGACAUGGGUGACAUCGUCCCUGAACCCCUCCAGCCGGGAUGAGGUGCUGCAGCUGCUGGACACGGCCAGGCAGCUGAAGGAGCUGCCGCUGCAGACGACGCCAGAGCAGGACAGCAUCCUCAGCCUCUCGGCGCGCUGCCUCCUGCUUACCUGGCGCGACAACGAGGAGCUGAUCCUGCGAAUCCCCACACACGAGAUCGCAGCGGCCUCCUACUUGCGCGACGAUGCCCUGCACCUCCUCAUCCUCAAAACCGGCCUGGGAGUGGACCCGGUCCCCGCCGGGGCGCACCCCGAGGCAGCCCCGGCCGGCUUGCCGGAGGCGUUUCCCGCAGAGAAGCGUGCGGGGGGCUCGUGGCCGGAGGGGCGGCUCGGGGGCCCGAUGGAGCGGCGGCACACGAUCUGCAGCCUGGACUGGCGGGCGGCGCGGGGCGGGCAGGAGGGCCGGCAGGGCGGCAGCCUGGAGCGGCGGCGGGGCGGCAGCUGGGAGCGGCGGCAGCGCGGGCGGCCCUCGGGCAGCUGGGAGCGGCGGCAGCCGUGCGGCGGCAGCUGGGAGCGGCGGCGGGCCGGCACCGCCGGCGGCAGCUGGGAGCGGGGCACCGGCUUCGGCAGCUGGGAGCGGCGGCACGCCGGCAGCAACCCCCUGGACCCCCAGGAGCCCUGCCCUGACGCUUACUCCAACCUCAUUAUCCUCGCCGUGCCCAACAGGGAUGCUGGGGAGGAGUCCUGUGCGCUCAUCUGCCAGGUGUUCCAGAUCAUCUACGGCGACCAGAGCAUCGAGUGCGUGGACCGCGCCGGGUACCACUACACCUCCACACCCACACGGCCCUGGCUCUCCAGCAGGAGCGAGAGCUGCCGCACAGAUGGGACAUACGGCUACGAUGCCGACUACAGCUGCUGCAGCUCCUUCAAUGGCUCCCACGAGACCUUUGAAGCGUAUUAUAGUGGCACCUCCUCGCCCUCCUUCCACCGCUCCCACCACAGCCUGGCCACCGCUUGCAGUGGCAGUGACCAGAGCGGCGCAGGGCUGGAGCAGCUGCAGGACUACAUGGUGACGCUGCGCAACAAGUUGUCACCACAGGAGAUCCAGCAGUUUGCCAUCCUGCUCCGUGAGUACCGGCUGGGCACGCCGGUGCAGGAAUACUGCACAGAGCUCCUGCGCCUCUAUGGGGACCGCAGGAAGUUCCUCCUCCUGGGAAUGAGGCCCUUCAUCCCUGACCAAGACAUUGGGUACUUUGAGACGUUCCUGGAGAGCAUCGGGAUCCGGGAGGGCGGGAUCCUCACCGACAGCUUCGGCCGCAUCAAGCGCAGCAUGAGCAACACGUCGGCCUCGGCCGUGCGCAGCUACGACAGCUGGUCCCUGCGCUCCGAGUCCGAGUCCUUCAACCGCAUGAUCACAGACAUCACCCACGACAUCGAGGCGCUGGCACGGGAUGAGGAAGAGGAGGAGGAGGAAGAGGACAACUACCUGUAAGCCAGUGCCAAAACUCAGCUCCUCUCCCUGCUCGUUGGUGUGGUGUUGCACCUCCAGGACCAGAUUCAGCAGGUGCCUGGCUCUGCCCCUGAACCAUGGGGAGUGAAUUUGUCACCAUGGGAGGGGACAGGCCUCUGCGCUGCCCUGUCAGCUCUUGUCAAGGCUGUUGGAAUCACAGGGCAGCUGUGGCUGUGGGAGAGACACGUGUUGUAAUUUUUGCAGAUUUCAAUUAAAUG